CUCCGGUAAUCAUUCACAGUGUAAUAGUACAGACAGUCACUUCGUUAACAUGACCGGUCGUGGGAAAGGAGGAAAAGGUUUGGGUAAAGGAGGCGCCAAGCGGCACAGGAAGGUUCUCCGUGAUAACAUCCAGGGUAUCACCAAACCCGCUAUCCGUCGUCUCGCCAGACGUGGAGGAGUCAAGCGUAUCUCAGGUCUCAUCUACGAAGAGACUCGUGGCGUGUUGAAAGUCUUCUUGGAAAACGUCAUCAGAGACGCUGUCACUUACACCGAGCACGCUAAGAGGAAGACCGUCACUGCUAUGGACGUAGUCUACGCCUUGAAAAGACAAGGACGUACACUGUACGGUUUCGGAGGUUAAGCCUUUUUCUUCUGUCUAUCUUUCAACGGCCCUUUUCAGGGCCACCAA